UUCAACCUCAUUCAUUUGCUUAUAGUUGAGGUUAUCUUAUCUAAAUAACAAAAUUUUGUUGAUAGUCAAUUCCCAAAAGAAUACAAUGUAAUUGAAUAUACCUAUGCAUUCCAAGGUAUUAUGUCAAUUCAUCGAAUCACUUAGAAAUAUUAUCAACAAUGAGGAAGUAUCAACAGCUAUUGCUGCUGUUGUUCUCCUUUACCAGCCUGAUAUUGGUUCUUGUAUAUCGUCAUGAAUAUAACAGACUACAUUAUGUUCUGGAGGUAUUCAACUUUUUUGGAACACCAUGUAAUUUCAGUGAAUUGAGAACAAGUGAUAAACGUUUAGAUCAUUUUGACUGGGGCCAAAACCCAGUAUGGCAACAAAAUGGUGAAUAUCAAAUAUUUUCCGCUUUCUCGAAUAAUAGCUAUGCUCAAGUCAUUGCUGUUGUUAAAAAGGUGUCAAAAAUGCCAAAAAAAUGUAUUUUAUGGCAUGAAGAUGAGAAUCCCACUACAGCUUCGAUAAGCUCAUUAAAGAUUGCUGAUUCUGAUGGUUUAGAGGCAUAUAUUUUUAGUUGUGGAUUUAAAUAUCAUAAGAUUCCUCCAUACGCUGUGUCUAUUGGUUUUAGUUCUAAAAACUUUACUCCACAAAAAAUAAUAUUGACUCACAUUGAAAAGUCUGACUUUGUCAAAGCUACAGUUUGUGUACCACCAUCAACUUAUAAUAAGAGAGAAUUAGUGGAGUUUUUAAGUUUUCACUCAUUGAUAGGAUUUAAAUAUUUCAUUCUUUACUAUGAUGAUAUACCUUAUAGCCUGUUGAAGUUUCUAAGUAAUUUGAGUAAAAUACUAGAGAUUGAUUUCACUUUUUAUCCAUGGAAUUUUCCUUUCAAUUCUUCAGGUCUUAUAAGGAGUAUAAUAGAAAAAGAUUGUUUAUUAAGAACAUUCGGUAAGAGUGAAUCUUCGAUCGUAUUAGCUUUUAAUGAAUACCUAAUACCUUUAGAUUCAUAUGGUAUUUAUCCCCUCUUCCAAAAAGGUAAUCAUUCUUUUGAAUCUAUAAACAUUCCUGUUCAAGCUAUGUGUAUUAAAACUAACGAAACCUUCUAUCCUAUAGCUGUACAAAAUACUAACUCUUAUGAUGAUGGGGAAAUGCGGGUAGUAAAAUUUCAUUUUAAUACUAAUGUGAAAAAUACCAAAACUAAUGAUAAAAAUUCAGACCAAAUGGUUGUUCAUUCUUACAAAUAUUGUAAGGGAUAUACUGGGCCUUUUAAAAGUGAGAGAUCUAUGUCUAUGUAUUCUACAGAUUUUUCAAGGUCCCUACUUGUAAGGCUCUUAACCCAUAAUGAAAUUUGAUUUGAAUGUAUUCAAUGAAUUAUUGCCAACUUCUAGGGACAGCAAAUAUAUUUUUAUAUGAUAAAUUUUGUUGCAUAUUUUGAGAAAUUUUUAUUAAAAAUAUUUUUUAUCAAA